GAGAUCUAGAGAGGAAGGAAUGAGGCUGGAAGAAGAGAGAGAAGGAGGGGAAGUGGGGGAAUGGCUUUAAAUUGGAAGGAAGAAGAUUUAGAUUAGACAUUGGGAAGAAAUUCUUAACAGUGAGGGUGGUGAGGCAGUGGUACAGGUUGCCUUGAAGAGAAGUUGUAGGUGCUGCUCCAUGGAGGUGUUCAAGGCCAGCUUGAUGGGUCUUGAGCAGCCUGGUCUGGGAACAGUGCUGCCUAUGGCCUCUCCAAGAAGCCUCUUCCCAGUGUUUGACACCCUCUUGGUAGAAGAGAUCAGAGAGCUCUAGAGAUCAGGUUGCCCUAGGCUGUGGAGGGUGAAGAUUGUGGUGGAACCUGGCCUAGCAAUGAAGGAGAAAAGAGGAUUUCGGCUGACUGACCUAUGGCUUUCCCUAUUUCUCCUUCUAGCUUUGAGAGCGUUGCUCUGGGAGAAGAGGAUCAGAACGGUGAGCUGAUGAACGAAGACAUACGUAUCCAUAGCUGGCCUUGUUCUUACUACUUGGACACGAGCAAGCAAUGGGUCUCUGGCAGACUCUCACUGACUCCUGUUGUGAUCAAAUUUACAGCUGACAAGACUGGGGAGCUUUUGGUCAGCUUCCAUCUUUCCAGUAUCAGUGAGAUCAAGAAGGAAUCUUCAAAUUUAAUUUUCAGCUCCCUUACCAUCUUAGAGAAGAACACCAAGCACUGGUUCAGUUCCUUGCGACCCAGCAGGAAUGUGGUGUUCAACAUCCUUGAGCACUUCUGGAGGGAGCAAUUGCUAUCAAGCCAAGGUGCAGGAGCAGAGGCAGCAGCUUUGCAGUCAACAAAGGGAAAAGAACUGACGGGAUUAUUGACUGGAUCGCAGAAACGACUGGAGGACACAGCAAAAGUGCUGCAUUACCAGGGCGAGCAGUUUGAUAACAUCAUGAAAGGACUCAACAAGAUUGAAGGGGAUAUGGAUGUAGCAGACAGGUUGUUGACUGAGCUCGAAUCUCCUUCUUGGUGGCCAUUUAGCAGCAAGCUCUGGAAAGCACCACUGGAAACCAAGCCAAAGGAAACUGCCGCAGUUUCCGAUUCGAAGAACCAGGAAGGAAUCAUAAUUAGAAUUCCAGUUAUUAUCACCCACAGAACAGACGCAAAUGUCAAGCCAGGAAAACUCACGCUCUUCGCUUCUGGCCUGGAAAUCAGUGACUGCAAUUCUCAGGUCAUUCACCGGUUUGAAUCGAGGGAUGUAGAUGAUAUCAGAGUUCAUACACCAUACGAAAUCAGUGUCCGUCAGAGGUUUAUUGGGAAGCCUGAUACCUCUUACCGGCUCUUGUCAGCAAAGAUGCCAGAAGUAAUUCCCAUCUUGGAGAUGCAGUUUAGCAAGAAGAUACAGUUUUUAGAAGAUGCUCUAGGAUUUGUUGGUGCCCGGAAGUCUCCUCAGGUAGAUUUGGGGACCUCCAUUUGGCAAGCAGCCACAGGACUCCUCGGAGGAGUGGUGCAGCCCAGCUCACCAGUGGGAGGCAAAGGAGUGGACAACGACCAGGUUCAGCUGCAGAAGCAUGAGAAGGUCUCCCAGGAGGAAGCAAAAGAGCUCAGACAGAUAUUAAAGAAACUGAAAGGCCUUGCCUUGGAGACAGAAGCCGAACUGGAGAGGCAGGACGAAGCUCUUGACUCCAUCACUACCUCCGUAGACCGCGCCACGCUGAAUAUAGACAAGCAGAACCGCAGAAUAAAGAAGCUAACGUAGCACUUGCAGGAGCUCGUGGGGAUGGUAUCGUGAGAAAGAGGAUGCUCGGGGUAGUGUAUUUUUCAAGACUGUUUCUUUAAUAGACACUUUGAUAGCUUGGGAGAUGGUUGCAGUAUUGUUUGGAAUGUGAUGCUGCUGUUGUCGAGUUGCUGAGGGUUUUGAAAACGUUUCCAGCCUUAGAUGAUGUUUGAAGGCUGUUUUAGGAUUAAAAAGGCUGAGACUUUUAGUUGUGAUGAAGCAAUGAUAGCGGAUUCUUUAGUACUUACAGAAAAUCUGUAAAUACAAAGGGAUGUAAUAUAAUGUGAAGCAAUUUUUAUGUGCUUUUUUGUGUUGCUACUUCUGAAAAUUCUCUUACUUCAAGGAAGAAGUGAAGGAGAACUGAACUGCGUAUGAGACUACUUUAGAUGAUUACAGCCUAUUAAUUCUCUCUCAAGAUCUUUCUCUAAAAUACUUAAUAGCUGAACUAAGGGCCAGAUGUCCAACUGCAAGUCAUUGAGGCUCUGUUGUUAAGUUAGUGCUGAGGUGGGCAAAUGAUGGUGAUAAAACCUUGUGUUCCCUAAGCAAACUGUUUUAAUAGGUUUGAAUCAUGCUUUUUAUGUACCCAGAAAUUUUAUAAAAGUAAUGAAGACAUAGUGGCCGCAGCUGUCUGUUGCCUUGUCUUGGGAGAUCAAGAGAAGACGAUUAGUUUAACAUGCAUGUACUGGUAGAGACGUCUACUUGUUGAGCAGAUUUUAUGUUUUUGCCAUUCAGUAAAAGUUUUGCUUACUUGAGGCACUUAGGAAAGUUAAGUGUCGAAGUUAAAUACUUGCUUCUGCUUUCCAAAAAGGCACUGCUGAUCUUCAAUGAUCGUCUAUGUGGUUUUGUGUGUUUUAUAUUUCCCCUUUGAAGGAAUUGUUUUUGCAAAGAAGUGAUUUUCUUCAGAGGUGAAUUUAUUCAGUGUUCCGUUUUUAUGUCCCUCACUUGCACACAGUUGUUUUAAGUCUUUGGUAAUAAUCUGACAUGGGAUGCAGUGUCUGCAGAGUGUCAUGAACACAGCAUUCUGAUAACAUGGUCCCUAAGUACCACAUUGGAUCUUCCACAUUUCUGAUGGACAUUAGUGGAAGGUCUCUUGUCCCUUUGCUUCUCUGUCCCUCAUUUUCCAAGGGUUUCCCUCCAUUUGUCUCUGACUCUCUAAAUGAGAAAUUGUGUGGAGCGUCAUGUGGGUUUUGUGUGUCUGCUCUGGAUUCAUGGGCUGAGGGGCCUGUGGUUGGAGCUGUAGACUUCUGUGUAACAUUUGGUAGUCAUGGCUCAUCUGCCUAUCUUGUGGUUUUUAUUUAUUUGCACUAAGGUGGUGAAGCAUUUCAAGGCUUCUUGUAGGCUUGAUUUCUGAAAUAAAAGGGAAUACUGACAGUUCUUGUCAAAUAGAUUUCGUUGAGUUUACAAUUGACUCCAUCAAGACUAUAGGACAGUGGAGUUCUUUUCCUGUCCUAACUUACUUGAUACUCUACAAGUGAGAUUCCAGGUAAUCCAUGUGUCUAUUGUCUGUGACAUACAACUCAAAUUUCAUCAUUUCCUACAGUUUACCAGCUAUUUUAGUUCAAAGUAGCUGUUAUAAUGUCCUUUUAUUUUCCCCAAGUGUUUUUAUAUUAAAAAAUUCUUGUAUUGCUUUCAAAUACGAGACUUUCAGUGCAAUAUUUUUAACUAGUUAAGCUUUGAACUGUUUAUUCUGCUGGUAGCUGAUGUGAAGUUUUCCUGUUUCAGAGUAGUUCAGCCUACCUUUUAAAAAAGGUACAGUAAUUCAUAUACAGUACAUUGUUUUCAAGAUCUUGCUCCACCUUAUUUUGUAUUAUUUCAUAUUAGUUUGUUAGCAUUAAAGUGUUUUUCUGCACUGCAAGUCCUUAAUUUAUAGUCCAAGUUGUUAAAGGCAUGCACUUUACCUACUUACUGAAUAUAGUGAUUAUAUACAUGCAGUAUGUACUGUGAAAUAAAAUAUUGUCUGGGGUUCUCUUGUUUGUUUCCGCUACCCAAAUCACUGUUGUACUGUGAAAGGAAGAUAUGUUUACACGACUAAUUAUUUCAUGAACUUAAAGGUAUGCUUUGCACAAAAACAUCGAAUGGUUUGGGUUGGAAGGGCCCUUAAAGCCCGUCCAGUUCCAUCCUCCCCCCCAGCUAUGGGCAGGGACACCUCCCACUGGAUCAGGUUGCUCAGAGCUCCAACCAACCUGACCUUGAACACCUCCAAGGAUGGGGCACCCACAACUUCUCUGGGUAACUUGUGAUACUCUCUCACCUAAAUUUCCCCUCUUUUAGUUCAAGACUGUUUCCCCUCAUCCUGUCUCUGCCCUCCCCAGCUUUCCUGUAAGCCUCCUUUAAGUACCUGAAGGCUGCUCUAAGUUCUCCCUGGAUCCUUCUCCAGGCUGAACAACCCCAACUCUCUCAGCCUGUCCUCAUAGGGAAAAUGCUCCAGCCCUGCUGCUGACUGAACGAAUCUCUGAACGGAAUUAGUCCAAACCAGGAUUGCCAAAAUGAAUACUAAUUACGUAUCAUUUAGUUUACCAUUGUUUGUGCCAUAGUUUUUAUUGCUGUGGGAUUUAGCACUGAACUGUUGCUUCUAAUACAGUAUUUUGUAGUUUGUGUUAGUCCAACAUAUUUUCUCUCCAAAGCAAGAACUUGUAGUAUCAUUUGUAAGACACGACCCUUUCUAAAGCUGUGCAAUAGCUGGAUUUUAUGUGCCCGGAGGACUUCCCAUCUGUAAUUUCUUCUUAAUAAAUAUCUUGGAAUAG